ACUGUCUCAUUACAGCAAUGAACGUCACAAACCCUCCACCCUCUGUGGCUGAAAGGGUGUGGAGUGCCAGGACACAGCAGACAUUCCUUGACUUCAUGGCAGAAGUCUAAAACUGUCCUCACAUUCACGCCCUCAUCCAUUCUUUCAGAGACCAACAAACUGAAGACAUGGCUGUCUCUUUACUUCUCCUGGUCUCGUUUCUUUCUGUAUUUCACCUCAGCCAAGCUGAUCAGCCUUUGGAGGAAUUAAGUAUUGUACCAAUAAAAUUCCAGCCUUUUGGUGGCUGGACUGAAGCGAGUCCAGAGAGGGAAGACAUUAUAGAGGUUGCAAAGAAAGCUGUAGAGGAAUUCAACACAAAGUCUAAAGCAAAGAAAUAUUUUAAACUUCUCAAUAUCAGAUCUGCUCGCACUCAGGUCACAAAUAUGAUAAACUACAAUAUUGAGGCUACAAUGGGAAAGACAAAAUGCCCCAAAUCAGAAAAUGUAGAUAUUGAGUCUUGUGUCAUGGCAAAAAAGCAACUGGCAUGCAAAUUUGACGUAACCUUCGAUCCAAGGAAUGAUCAACAUGUGGUGGAGAUAAAAGCCUGCAAAAAAACGUCUUAAAGUUUAUAUAGACAGUUUU